AUGUCGCAGCCGGUUCGUGCCGCUCUGAUGCCAAUUCAUACAUCACUUGGCAGUCUACUCUUUUUUGGUGCCCUUAUAGCUGUUGUCUCGGGGUUGACAGAGAAGAAUUUCUUUUCAGAAAAAUAUUCCGAGCUGCGGUCUCGAGAAAUGCUGGGAAAUUUCGUCGGUGUUUCUGCCAUACUGUUUGUUUCGGUUGUUUACUAUGUCAUUUCCAAUCGCGACUAUCGUCGUCAAGAGACAUCCACUUCUUCAUCUGAGGAAACGGUCGUCAGUACCCACCCAUUUGCCACAAACGCUCCCUGA